AUGGCAUCAGAUGAGGACACGAUCGUGGUGCAGCACGAAUCACCAACGUCACGUUUUACCGCGGUGAACGGGAAAGAGCAGCCACCUAGCAAUGGGGCUAAUGGGAGUGAAUCGGCAGCGAGACAUUCUGACGAUAGACCAAAUGGCCAGCCACGGAUCAGUCCACCUGGACAAGAGAAGUUAACCAUCACAACAACAACAACGCAAAGAGAAGACUGGGGAGCCCCUAUCAACGGUGAGAGAGGCCCAUAUCAACAAGGACCUUCAUAUCCAGAUACAGAAGGCUCCCACAAGCGGAAGAGAUCGGGCUCACUUGACCGAGAACGGACACCAUCAAAUGUAUAUCACUCCCACAACUUGUCCACGCCCUCGGCCAAGGAAACACCAACAACUGCAACCACGAUAGAAGCCGAUACACCUCGCGACGAAAACAUGUCUGCGUCACACGGCCACUCUAGGGACCCGUACUCGUCCACCAGUCAAUAUCGUUCAUUUCACAUGGGCGACCAAACACCACGAGACGGCCAUGCAGAAGACCAACCGUGGCAUGCAGGUUAUCGACAGGGCCAAAUAAGCUCAGAUGAGCACCUGUCGGAAGUUCUACAGCGGGAGACGCAGAGUAUAGAUGCUCAACAGCGUGAUUACCAACAUGGAAGUCCAGAUGAUGACGAUCGUUCCAGCAAUCACUACGGCGGAUAUGGAACUGAUGGAAGACGAGAGAUGUCCGUUCAAUCAGAUCCAAAAAAGAGGAAGCGAAAUUUCAGCAAUCGUACCAAGACCGGGUGCAUGACCUGCAGAAGGCGGAAGAAGAAGUGUGACGAGACUAAGCCUGAAUGCAACAACUGUUUACGAGGAGGGUUUGUUUGCUCCGGUUAUCAACAGAGAGGACCAUGGCCGAAGACCGAGCAAAAACAAGCACCCAUUCCCCUCCAGUCAAAGACAGACUACGAGAGUGGCUACCAAUCAUCUCCUUACGCAAACCAACAUGUAAACCAAUCUCGCAGUGCGUUGCCUGGUUAUCGUGGUCAAGGCCUUCGCGUUGACCCUCAACAUGGCCGUCCUAUUGAUAUAGAUGACGAUCAACCCAGUGCUUCUACCAUUCCAAGUGCUUCAGUUGCGAGUCCGGAAAGCAAUCGACUUUCUGCUAUAUCUUACUCUGGUCAGACCAUCACUCCUCUUACUGCUUCGACAAGCAGUCCUUACCCAGAUCGACAACUCAAAAACGCUUAUGAUAGAGUUGGCCCACUGCAUGACCCUCUAAGACAAGAGUCGAGACCAGGAUCAGAAGCAACAACGCCACAAUCCGCUUCAUCAAAUUUACCCCACAUUCUACAUCCUCAAAUGCAUCCAGAAAGCCCCCAUAGCAAUCCGCAAAUGGCUGCUCAGCUGGCAUUGAACAAUCUUAACUCGCCCAGUCGAGCACGUUCUCAGAAGGAGGAAAUGCUUGCAGGGCGUUAUUAUUUCCCAUUUGACAAGGAACUCGUGCUCGAAAGGGAAAGAUGCAAUGGCGCAUGCUGGCGAUUCAAUAGCAGCACCAAUCCUAACAAUGGUGUCUCUCCUGAGGAGCGUGCACGCCAAUUCAGGGACAUCCUUCAGCCUCGCGAACCGGGGCGAGACUCCGCCAUCUCUCCUACAGGCAAUUCUCCAAUCACACCAACUGGUAAAGUUGGUGAGAACGUUGUCGUCGAAGCCCCCUUCAACUGCGAUUACGGCUAUAACAUCACGAUUGGUCAAGACGUCGCAAUUGGGAAGAACUGCACCAUCCUCGACACGUGCGAAGUCAAGAUCGGGGACCGUUGUAAUAUUGGCCCGAAUGUGAACAUCUACACAGCCUCCCUCCCUAUCGACCCAAAGCGACGCCUAGGAUCUAGAGGUCCGAGCCUAGGUCAGAAGAUUACCAUAUCCGACGAUUGUUGGAUUGGGGGCGGUGUCACCAUCUUACCCGGCCGAACGAUUGGAAAGGGAAGCACGGUGGGUGCUGGGUCUAUCGUGACCACGGACGUCCCACCUUACACGGUCGCUUGCGGCAAUCCAGCUCGUGUCAUGAGAGGGAUCAGUGGUUCUUGA